AACCAGAAGCCCACGUCGGAGGAGAUCCUGCUGAUCGCGGAGCAGCUGCACAUGGAGAAGGAGGUGAUUCGCGUGUGGUUCUGCAACCGCCGCCAGAAGGAGAAGCGCAUCAACCCCUGCGGCACCGGCACCGGGCCCCCCCCCGGCCUGCCCCCCGCGCCCCCCGGCAAGCCCCCCGCCUACAGCCCACACAUGGUGAGCAGCCCCGGCCCCGGCCUCCCGCCCUCCCAGGCCUCCGGCAGCCUCAGCACAACAGUGACUACCUUGUCGUCGGCCGCCGCCUCCCUGGCCCCCAGCCGCUGCGGGGGGGGCGGGGGGGCGCCCCCCCCCACCCUGCCCCCGGCCACGCCGCCCCCCGCCAACAGCACAACCCCCACCCCCCAGAGCGGCGCCCACGGCCCCGUCGGCCUCGCGGGGCUCAACCCCGGCACCGGAAGCUCGGUGCUUGGGGUGACCGCGGGGUUAAACCCGGCGCUCAUGGCCACUAACCCGCUGGCCACCAUCCAAGCCUUGGCCACUGGUGGAAACCUGCCCCUCUCCAGCCUUGAGCCGGGGGGGCCGCUGGUGCUGGGGGGCGGCGCGGGGACGCCCAGCGCCCCCGCCAUGGUGCCCCCCCCGCUCUUCCUCAACCAGGGACCCCUCCCCAUUCUGGGGGCCCCCCCGGCCGCCGUGGGGCUGGUGCCGGCCGCCGUGGCCGCCCCUUUGCCCCCUCCCCCUUCCCCAUCCCCCUCCUGCUCCUCCUGCAGCUCGGCCAGCGGCGACACCUCCCCCCCCCCGCCCCACCCCCCCCCGGGGGACGAGUGAUGGGUGGGGGGGGGACGCCCCCCCCGCCCCCCCCGCCCCCCCCAGCACGCGCUACAGACCAAAAACCGACACCCCCCCCCCCCCACCCCCCGAGGGGGCCGGGAGGACGGACACCCCCCCCCCUUAACUUAAUUUAACUUAAUGAUGCUUUUCUGGGGGGUGGGGGGGGGUCGCCCCCCCCCAGGCAAUCCCCUCCCCCCCCCACUGGGGCCCCCAAUUAAUUUAUUGGGGGGGGGGCGGACGGGAACAACGUUUAAAAGGGCGUUUUCUGCCCCGUUUCGCGCCUGUGGAGGCGGGGGGGGGGAAUAAGAGAGGGGAAAAACCCUAAAAGUGACUAUUUCACACCAAAAAAACCUGCCCGGGGGGGGGGGGCACGACCCCCUCCCCCCCCCAGCUGAUCCCAAAGGCUUUUUACAAAACUCUUCUGAC